AGGGGGCGGGGGUGAGAGCUCACGCCGGCCUGGCAGCCUGGGUGAGUCGGGAUUCUCCUGCACCGGCGGGCGAGAGCGCGCGGCGGACCACAGAGCGGAGGUGAAGCCUUAUGCUGAGACAAUUUUAUCUAGUUCAUGAACCAAAAUUACAUACAAGCUGAAUGUUACAGAAGUGUUGAAAGACUGCUCUGUCAUGAGCACGGACAGCAACUCAUUGGCACGUGAGUUUCUGAUUGAUGUCAACCAGCUUUGCAAUGCAGUGGUCCAGAGGGCGGAAGCCAGGGAAGAAGAAGAAGAGGAGACACACAUGGCAACUCUUGGACAGUACCUUGUCCAUGGACGAGGAUUUCUGUUACUUACCAAACUAAAUUCUAUCAUUGAUCAGGCCCUGACAUGCAGAGAAGAACUCCUGACUCUUCUUCUGUCGCUCCUUCCCUUGGUGUGGAAGAUACCUGUCCAGGAACAGCAGGCAACAGAUUUUAACCUGCCAUUGUCAUCUGAUAUAAUCCUGACCAAAGAAAAGAGCUCAAGUUUGCAAAAAUCAACUCAGGGAAAAUUAUAUUUAGAAGGAAGUGCUCCAUCUGGUCAGGUUUCUGCAAAAGUAAACCUUUUUCGAAAAAUCAGGCGACAGCGUAAAAGUACCCAUCGCUAUUCUGUAAGAGAUGCAAGAAAGACACAGCUCUCUACCUCUGACUCCGAGGGCAACUCAGAUGAAAAAAGUACGGUUGUGAGUAAACACAGGAGGCUCCACGCGCUGCCACGGUUCCUGACGCAGUCUCCUAAGGAAGACCGCCUCGUAGCCAAGCUUGACCCCUCUGCCACCAAAGAACAGGUCCUUCCUGACACCAUGUCUUUGGAGAACUCCAGAGAAGUCACUCUGAGACAGAAUUCAAAUGGUGACAUAUUAAGUGAGCCAGCUGCUUUGUCUAUUCUCAGUAACAUGAAUAAUUCUCCUUUUGACUUAUGUCAUGUUUUGUUAUCUCUAUUGGAAAAAGUUUGUAAGUUUGACAUUGCUUUGAAUCAUAAUUCUUCCCUAGCACUCAGUGUAGUACCCACACUGACUGAGUUCCUAGCAGGCUUUGGGGACUGCUGUAACCAGAGUGACACUUUGGAGAGACAACUGGUUUCUGCAGGUUGGACAGAAGAGCCGGUAGCUUUGGUUCAACGGAUGCUCUUUCGAACUGUGCUGCAUCUUAUGUCAGUAGACGUUAGCACUGCAGAGGCAAUGCCAGAAAGUCUUAGGAAAAAUUUGACUGAAUUGCUUAGGGCAGCUUUAAAAAUUAGAGCUUGCUUGGAAAAGCAGCCUGAGCCUUUCUCACCGAGACAAAAGAAAACACUACAGGAGGUGCAGGAGGGCUUUGUAUUUUCCAAGUAUCGUCACAGAGCCCUUCUUCUACCUGAGCUUCUGGAAGGAGUCCUACAGCUCCUCAUCUCUUGUCUUCAGAGUGCAGCUUCAAAUCCCUUUUACUUCAGUCAAGCCAUGGAUUUAGUCCAAGAAUUUAUCCAGCACCAAGGCUUUAACCUCUUUGAAACAGCAGUUCUUCAGAUGGAAUGGCUGCUUUCAAGGGAUGGUGUUCCUUCAGAAGCUGCAGAACAUUUGAAAGCUCUGAUAAACAGUGUAAUAAAAAUAAUGAGUACUGUGAAAAAAGUGAAAUCAGAGCAACUUCAUCAUUCCAUGUGCACAAGGAAAAGACACCGCCGUUGUGAGUAUUCCCACUUCAUGCAGCACCACCGCGAUCUUUCAGGUCUCCUGGUUUCAGCUUUUAAAAAUCAGCUUUCUAAAAGCCCCUUUGAAGAGACCGCAGAGGGAGGUGUGCAGUAUCCAGAGCGGUGCUGCUGCAUCGCCGUGUGCGCUCACCAGUGCUUGCGCUUGCUACAGCAGGUUUCCCUGAGCACCACCUGUGUCCAGAUCCUAUCAGGUGUACACAGUGUUGGAAUCUGUUGUUGUAUGGACCCUAAGUCUGUGAUUGUCCCUUUACUCCAUGCUUUUAAAUUGCCAGCACUGAAAGCUUUUCAGCAGCAUAUACUGAAUGUCCUGAGCAAACUUCUUUUGGAUCAGUUAGGAGGAGCAGAGAUAUCACAGAGAAUUAAAAAAUCAGCUUGCAACAUCUGUACUGUGGACCCUGACCAACUGGCUACGUUAGGAGAGACACUGCAGGGCACCUUGUGUGGUGCUGGUCCUACCUCCGGCUUGUCCAGUCCUUCCUACCGAUUUCAGGGGAUCCUGCCAAGCAGCGGGUCUGAAGACUUGUUGUGGAAAUGGGAUGCAUUAGAGGCUUAUCAGAACUUUGUCUUUCAAGAAGACAGAUUAUAUAACAUUCAGAUUGCAAAUCACAUUUGUAAUUUAAUCCAGAAAGGCAAUGUAGUUGUUCAGUGGAAAUUGUAUAAUUAUGUCUUUAAUCCUGUGCUCCAGAGAGGAGUUGAAUUAGUACAUCAUUGUCAACAGCUAAGCAUUCCUUCAGCUCAGACUCACAUGUGUAGCCAACUGAAACAGUAUUUGCCUCAGGAAGUGCUUCAGAUUUAUUUAAAAACUCUACCUGUCCUACUGAAAUCCAGGGUAAUAAGAGAUUUGUUUUUAAGUUGUAAUGGAGUAAACCAAAUAAUUGAACUAAAUUACUUAGAUGGGAUUCGAAGUCAUUCCCUGAAAGCAUUUGAAACUCUGAUUGUCAGCCUAGGGGAACAACAGAAAGAUGCUGCAGUUCUAGACGUCGAUGGGUUAGACCUCCCGCAGGAGUUGCCGUCCUUAAGUGUGGGUCCUUCUCUCCAUAAGCAGCAAGCUUCUUCAGAUUCUCCUUGCAGUCUCAGGAAGUUUUAUGCCAGCCUCAGAGAGCCUGAUCCAAAAAAACGAAAGAGCAUUCACCAGGAUGUUCACAUAAACACCAUAAACCUCUUCCUCUGUGUGGCUUUUCUGUGUGUCAGUAAAGAGGCAGACUCUGAUAUGGAGUCUGCCAAUGAGUCAGAAGAUACGUCUGGCUAUGACAGCACUGCCAGUGAGCCAUUAAGUCACAUGCUACCAUGUCUGUCUCUUGAGAACGUUGUCUUACCUUCCCCUGAAUGUUUGCACCAUGCAGCAGACAUUUGGUCCAUGUGUCGUUGGAUCUACAUGUUGAACUCAGUUUUCCAGAAACAAUUUCACAGGCUUGGUGGUUUCCAAGUGUGCCAUGAAUUAAUAUUUAUGAUAAUCCAAAAACUAUUCAGAAGUCAUACAGAGGAUCAAGGAAGAAGGCAGGGAGAAAUGAGUAGAAAUGAAAACCAAGAGUUAAUCAGGAUAUCUCAACCUGAGCUGACAUUGAAGGGGGAUGUAUCAUCUGCAGCAGCAUCAGACCUGGGAUUUCUGAGAAAGAAUGCUGACAGCGUGAGUGGAUGGGAGUCACAGCAUAUGCUUCCCACAAGUGCAGAGCAGAUUUUGGCUACUGAAUCUGUUCCUGGGGAAGGAAAGGCAUUUAUGAGUCAACAAAGUGAGACUUCUCUCCAGAGCAUACGACUUUUGGAGUCUCUCCUGGCCAUUUGUCUUCAUAGUGCCAGAGCCUGUCAACAGAAGAUGGAAUUGGAGCUACCAUCUCAGGGCUUGUCUGUGGAAAAUAUAUUGUGUGAACUGAGGGAACACCUUUCCCAGUCAAAGGUGGCAGAAACAGAAUUAGCAAAGCCUUUAUUUGAUGCCCUGCUUCGAGUAGCCCUGGGGAAUCAUUCAGCAGAUUUGGGUCCUGGUGAUGCUGUGACUGAAAAGAGUCAUCCCUCUGAGGAAGAACUGUUGUCCCAGCCUGGAGAUUUUUCAGAAGAAACUGAGGAUUCUCAGUGUUGUAGUUUGAAACUUCUAGGUGAGGAAGAAGGUUAUGAAGCGGAUAGUGAAAGCAAUCCUGAGGAUGUUGACACCCAAGACGAUGGGGUAGAAUUAAAACCUGAAGCAGAAGGUUUCCGUGGAUCGAUUGUUUCAAACAACUUACUUGAAAACCUCACUCACGGGGAAAUAAUAUACCCUGAGAUUUGCAUGCUGGGAUUAAAUUUGCUUUCUGCUAGCAAAGCUAAACUUGAUGUGCUUGCUCAUGUGUUUGAGAGCUUUCUGAAAAUUGUCAGGCAGAAGGAAAAGAACAUUUCUCUACUCAUACAACAGGGAACUGUGAAAAUCCUUCUAGGCGGGUUCUUGAAUAUUUUAACACAAACCAACUCUGAUUUCCAAGCAUGCCAGAGAGUACUGGUGGAUCUCUUGGUAUCUCUGAUGAGUGCAAGGACGUGUUCAGAAGACUUAACUCUUCUUUUGAGAAUAUUUCUGGAGAAAUCUCCUUGUACAGAAAUUCUUCUCCUUGGUAUUCACAAAAUUGUUGAAAGUGAUUUUACUAUGAGCCCUUCACAGUGUCUGACCUUUCCUUUCCUGCAUACCCCGAGUUUAAGCAAUGGUGUCUUAUCACAGAAACCUCCUGGGAUUCUUAACAGUAAAGCCUUAGGCUUAUUGAGAAGAACACGGAUUUCCCGAGGCAAGAAAGAGGCUGAUAGAGAGAGGUUUCCCUGUAGGCUGCUUUCCUCUUGGCAUAUAGCCCCAAUCCACCUGCCAUUGCUGGGACAGAACUGCUGGCCACACCUGUCAGAAGGAUUUAGUGUUUCUCUGUGGUUUAAUGUGGAAUACAUCCAUGAAUACGAGAGUGCUGCAGAAAGGGGGAAAAGAGUAAAGAAAAGAAACAAACCAUCAGUUCUAGAAGACGGCAGUUUUGAAGGAGCAGAAGGUGAUAGACCAGAAGUUACAGAAUCCAUCAAUCCUGGUGACAGACUCAUAGAAGAUGGCUGUAUUCAUUUGAUUUCACUGGGGUCCAAAGCAUUGAUGAUCCAAGUGUGGGCUGAUCCCCACAGUGGCACUUUUAUCUUUCGUGUGUGCAUGGACUCAAAUGAUGACACGAAAGCUGUUUCACUAGCACAGGCGGAAUCACAGGAGAACAUUUUCUUUCCAAGCAAAUGGCAACACUUAGUACUUACCUAUAUUCAGCAUCCUCAAGGGAAAAAGAAUGUCCAUGGGGAAAUCUCCAUAUGGGUCUCUGGGCAGAGGAAGACUGAUGUCAUCUUGGAUUUUGUGCUUCCAAGAAAAACAAGCUUAUCAUCAGACAGCAAUAAAACAUUUUGCAUGAUUGGUCAUUGCUUAACAUCCCAAGAAGAGUUUCUGCAAUUAGCUGGAAAAUGGGCCCUCGGGAACUUGCUCCUCUUCAAUGGAGCUAAAAUUGGCUCACAAGAGGCCUUUUUCCUGUAUGCUUGUGGACCCAACUACACAUCCAUCAUGCCAUGUAAAUACGGAAAGCCAGUGAUUGACUACUCCAAAUACAUUAAUAAAGAAAUUUUGAGAUGUGAUGAAAUCAGAGACCUUUUUAUGACCAAGAAAGAAGUGGAUAUUGGUCUCUUAAUUGAAAGUCUUUCAGUUGUUUAUACAACUUACUGUCCUGCUCAGUACACCAUCUAUGAACCAGUGAUUCGACUCAAGGGCCAAGUGAAAACUCAGCCCUCUCAAAGACCCUUCAGCUCAAAGGAAGCCCAGAGCAUCUUGCUAGAACCUUCUCAACUCAAAAGCCUCCAGCCUACGGAAUGUAAAACCAUCCAGGGCCUUCUGCAUGAGAUUGGUGGGGCUAGCGUAUUUGUUUUUCUCUUUGCUAGGGUUGUUGAACUUAGUAGCUGUGAAGAAACUCAAGCAUUAGCACUGCGGGUUAUACUGUCUUUAAUUAAGUACAGCCAACAGAGAACACAUGAAUUGGAAAAUUGUAAUGGACUCUCUAUGAUUCACCAAGUGUUGGUCAAACAGAAAUGCAUUGUUGGCUUUCACAUUUUGAAGACCCUUCUUGAAGGUUGCUGUGGUGAAGAAGUUAUCCACGUCAGUGAGCAUGGAGAGUUCAAGCUGGAUGUUGAGUCUCAUGCUAUAAUCCAAGAUGUUAAGCUGCUGCAGGAACUGUUACUUGACUGGAAGAUAUGGAAUAAGGCAGAGAAAGGUGUGUGGGAGACUCUGCUAGCAGCUUUGGAAGUCCUCAUCCGGGUAGAGCACCACCAGCAGCAGUUUAAUAUUAAGCAGUUGCUGAACGCCCACGUGGUUCACCACUUCCUACUGACCUGUCAGGUUUUACAGGAACACAGAGAGGGGCAGCUUACAUCCAUGCCCCGAGAAGUUUGUAGAUCAUUUGUGAAAAUCAUUGCAGAAGUCCUUGGUUCUCCUCCAGACUUGGAAUUAUUGACAGUUAUUUUCAAUUUCCUGUUAGCUGUACACCCUCCUACUAAUACUUAUGUUUGUCACAAUCCCACAAACUUCUACUUCUCUUUGCACAUAGACGGCAAGAUCUUUCAGGAGAAAGUGCAGUCACUCGUGUACCUGAGGCAUUCUAGCAGCGGAGGGCAAGCCUUCCCCAGCCCUGGAUUCCUGGUAAUAAGCCCAUCUGCCUUUACUGCAGCUCCUCCUGAAGGAACCAGUUCUUCCAAUAUUGUUCCACAGCGGAUGGCUGCUCAGAUGGUUCGAUCUAGAAGUCUACCAGCAUUUCCUACUUACUUACCACUAAUACGAGCACAAAAACUGGCUGGAAGUUUGGGUUUUAGUAUUGACAAGUUACAAAAUAUUGCAGAUGCCAACCCAGAGAAACAGAAUCUUUUAGGAAGACCCUACCCACUGAAAACAAGCAAAGAGGAAGCAUUCAUCAGCAGCUGUGAGUCUGCAAAGACUGUUUGUGAAAUGGAGGCUCUUCUUGCAGUCCAGGCCUCUGCCAGUGGGGUUUCCAGAGGAUCACCGAGGUUCCCCAGGGCCAGAGUAGAUCACAAAGAUGUGGGAACAGAGCCCAGAUCAGAUGAUGACAGUCCUGGGGAUGAGUCUUACCCACGUCGACCUGACAACCUCAAGGGACUGGCCUCAUUCCAGCGAAGCCAAAGCACUGUCGCAAGCCUUGGGCUUGCGUUUCCCUCUCAGAAUGGAUCUGCAGUUGCUAGCAGGUGGCCAAGUCUUGUUGAUAGGAAUGCUGAUGACUGGGAAAACUUUACCUUUUCUCCUGCUUAUGAGGCAAGCUACAACCGAGCCACAAGCACCCACAGUGCCAUUGAAGACUGUCUGAUACCUAUCUGCUGUGGAUUAUAUGAACUCUUAAGUGGGAUUCUUCUUGUCCUGCCUGAUGCUAUGCUUGAAGAUGUGAUGGACAGGAUUAUUCAAGCAGAUAUUCUUCUAGUCCUUGUUAACCACCCAUCACCUGCUAUCCAGCAAGGAGUAAUUAAACUGUUACAUGCAUACAUUAAUAGAGCAUCAAAGGAGCAAAAGGACAAGUUUCUGAAGAACCGUGGCUUUUCCUUAUUAGCCAACCAGUUGUAUCUUCAUAGGGGGACUCAGGAGUUGUUGGAGUGCUUUGUUGAAAUGUUCUUUGGUCGACCGAUUGGCCUGGAUGAAGAAUUUGAUCUGGAGGAAGUGAAACACAUGGAACUGUUCCAGAAGUGGUCUGUCAUUCCAAUUCUGGGACUAAUAGAGACCUCUCUCUAUGACAAUAUACUCUUGCACAAUGCUCUUUUACUUCUUCUGCAAGUUUUAAACUCUUGUUCCAAGGUAGCAGACAUGCUAUUGGACAAUGGUCUACUCUAUGUCUUAUGUAAUACAGUAGCAGCCCUGAAUGGAUUAGAAAAGAACAUUCCUGUGAACGAAUACAAAUUGCUCGCAUGUGAUAUACAGCAACUUUUCAUAGCAGUUACAAUUCAUGCUUGCAGUUCCUCAGGCACACAGUAUUUUAGAGUGAUUGAAGACCUUAUUGUACUUCUUGGAUAUCUUCAUAAUAGCAAAAACAAGAGGACACAAAAUAUGGCUUUGGCCCUGCAGCUUAGAGUUCUCCAGGCUGCUUUGGAAUUUAUAAGGAGCACAGCCAAUCAUGACUCUGAAAGUCCAGUGCACUCGCCUUCUGCCCACCACCAUUCAGUGCCUCAGAAGCGGAGAAGCAUUGCUGGUUCAAUUCCAGCCAAGGGUUCUGUUACUCCUUAUCCACCAAGACGUCACUUUGGUUCCUAUGGUCAACUUCCGAUGCCCUUCUUCAGUCCAUUAGGUCAAGACUCCCCCCAGCUCUCUCCUGGAUGCACCACAUGUGCGGUGCCCGCCAGAGCAGGUGUUCGAAAAUUCCCUCUGGCUCAGACAGAGUCUCUGCUGAUGAAGAUGCGUUCAGUGGCCAGCGAUGAGCUACACUCUAUGAUGCAGAGGAGGAUGAGCCAAGAGCACCCCAGCCAGGCAUCGGAGGCAGAGCUCGCUCAGAGGCUGCAGAGGCUCACCAUCUUAGCUGUGAACAGGAUUAUUUACCAAGAGUUGAAUUCAGAUAUUAUUGACAUUUUGAGAACUCCAGAAAAUAUAUCCCAAAGCAAGACCUCAGUUUCCCAGUCUGAAAUUUCUGAAGAAGACAUGCAUCAUGAGCGACCUUCUGUAUACAAUCCAUUUCAAAAAGAAAUGUUAACCUAUCUGUUGGAUGGCUUCAAAGUGUGUAUUGGUUCAAGUAAAACUAGCGUUUCUAAGCAGCAGUGGACUAAAAUCCUGGGGUCUUGUAAAGAAACCCUCCGAGACCAGCUUGGAAGAUUGCUAGCGCAUAUUUUGUCUCCAACCCACUCUGUCCAAGAACGGAAGCAGAUACUUGAGAUAGUUCAUGAACCAGCUCACCAGGAUAUACUUCGUGACUGUCUUAGCCCCUCCCCACAACAUGGAGCCAAGUUGGUUUUGUAUUUGUCAGAGUUGAUACAUAAUCAUCAGGAUGAGUUAAAUGAAGAAGAAAUGGACACAGCAGAACUGCUUAUGAAUGCUCUAAAGUUAUGUGGCCACAAGUGCAUCCCUCCCAGUGCCCCUUCCAAACCAGAGCUCAUUAAGAUCAUCAAAGAGGAGCAAAAGAAGUAUGAAAGUGAAGAGAGUGUGAGCAAAGGCUCAUGGCAGAAAACGGUGAACAACAACCAGCAGAGUCUCUUCCAGAGGCUCGAUUUCAAAUCCAAGGAUAUAUCUAAAAUCGCUGCAGACAUCACCCAGGCUGUAUCGCUCUCCCAAGGCAUUGAAAGGAAAAAGGUGAUCCAGCACAUCAGAGGGAUGUACAAAGUUGACCUGAGUGCCAGCAGGCACUGGCAGGAAUGCAUCCAGCAGCUGACACACGACAGAGCAGUCUGGUAUGACCCAAUCUACUAUCCAACUUCAUGGCAGUUGGAUCCAACAGAAGGGCCAAACCGAGAGAGGAGACGUUUGCAGAGAUGCUAUUUAACUAUUCCAAAUAAGUAUCUCCUUAGGGACAGACAGAAGUCAGAAGGUGUGGUCAGGCCCCCACUCUCUUACCUUUUUGAAGAUAAAACUCAUUCUUCCUUCUCUUCUACUGUCAAAGACAAAGCUGCAAGUGAAUCCAUCAGAGUGAAUCGAAGAUGUAUCAGUGUUGCACCAUCUAGAGAGACAGCUGGGGAAUUGUUGUUAGGUAAAUGUGGAAUGUAUUUUGUGGAAGACAAUGCCUCUGAUACAGUUGAAAGCUCAAGCCUCCAAGGGGAGUUAGAGCCGGCAUCAUUUUCUUGGACAUAUGAGGAAAUUAAAGAAGUUCACAGGCGCUGGUGGCAACUAAGAGAUAAUGCUGUAGAAAUCUUUUUAACAAAUGGCAGAACACUCCUAUUAGCAUUUGACAAUACCAAGGUCCGUGAUGAUGUGCACCAGAGCAUCCUCACAAACAACCUCCCAAGUCUUCUGGAGUACGGCAACAUCACCGCCCUGACGAACCUAUGGUAUACUGGGCAAAUUACCAAUUUUGAAUAUUUGACUCAUUUAAACAAGCAUGCGGGCCGGUCCUUCAAUGAUCUCAUGCAGUACCCGGUGUUCCCCUUCAUCCUCUCUGACUAUGUUAGUGAGACUCUUGACCUCAAUGAUCCAUCUAUCUACAGAAACCUAUCUAAACCUAUAGCUGUGCAGUAUAAAGAAAAAGAAGACCGUUACGUUGACACAUACAAGUAUUUGGAGGAGGAGUAUCGCAAGGGAGCCCGAGAGGAUGACCCCAUGCCUCCUGUGCAACCCUACCACUAUGGCUCCCACUACUCCAACAGCGGCACCGUGCUCCACUUCCUGGUCAGGAUGCCGCCUUUCACUAAAAUGUUUCUAGCCUAUCAAGAUCAGAGUUUCGACAUUCCAGACCGAACAUUUCAUUCUACAAACACAACUUGGCGCCUCUCCUCCUUUGAGUCCAUGACUGAUGUGAAGGAGCUGAUUCCGGAGUUUUUCUAUCUUCCUGAGUUCCUAGUGAACCGUGAAGGCUUCGACUUCGGUGUUCGUCAGAAUGGUGAACGGGUUAACCACGUCAAUCUUCCUCCCUGGGCACGCAACGAUCCUCGGCUGUUCAUCCUUAUUCACCGGCAAGCACUAGAGUCUGACCAUGUGUCCCAGAACAUCUGUCACUGGAUCGACUUAGUGUUUGGCUACAAGCAAAAGGGGAAGGCGUCUGUUCAAGCCAUCAAUGUCUUCCACCCUGCUACAUAUUUUGGAAUGGAUGUCUCUGCAGUUGAAGAUCCAGUGCAGAGACGGGCUUUAGAAACCAUGAUAAAAACCUACGGGCAGACCCCGCGUCAGUUGUUCCACACAGCCCAUGCCAGCCGACCUGGUGCCAAGCUUAACAUCGAAGGAGAGCUUCCAGCAGCUGUUGGCUUGUUAGUCCAGUUCGCUUUCAGAGAGACCCGAGAACCAGUCAAGGAAGUCACUCAUCCGAGCCCUUUGUCAUGGAUAAAAGGCUUGAAGUGGGGGGAGUACGUAGGUUCCCCCAGUGCUCCAGUACCUGUGGUCUGCUUCAGCCAGCCCCAUGGAGAAAGAUUUGGUUCCCUGCAGGCACUGCCCACCAGAGCCAUCUGUGGUUUAUCACGAAACUUCUGUCUUCUGAUGACCUACAACAAGGAGCAAGGUGUGAGAAGCAUGAACAACACAAAUAUUCAGUGGUCUGCUAUCCUAAGCUGGGGAUAUGCUGACAACAUCUUACGGUUGAAAAGUAAGCAGAGUGAGCCACCAAUCAACUUCAUACAGAGUUCACAGCAGCACCAGGUAACCAGUUGUGCCUGGGUGCCUGACAGUUGUCAGCUCUUCACUGGGAGCAAGUGUGGUGUCAUCACAGCCUAUACCAACAGGCUCACCAGCAGCACGCCCUCAGAAAUUGAAAUGGAGAGUCAGAUGCAUCUCUAUGGCCACACGGAGGAGAUCACCGGCUUAUGUGUCUGCAAGCCAUACAGCGUGAUGAUAAGCGUGAGCAGAGACGGGACCUGCAUAGUGUGGGACCUGAACAGGCUAUGCUAUGUACAAAGUUUGGCUGGACACAAAAGCCCUGUGACGGCUGUCUCUGCCAGUGAAACGUCAGGUGACAUUGCUACUGUGUGUGACUCAGCUGGCGGGGGCAGUGACCUGAGACUCUGGACAGUGAAUGGGGACCUCGUUGGACAUGUCCACUGCAGAGAGAUCAUUUGUUCUGUAGCUUUCUCCAACCAGCCUGAGGGAGUCUCCAUCAACGUCAUUGCUGGGGGAUUAGAAAAUGGCAUUGUAAGGUUAUGGAGCACAUGGGACUUGAAGCCUGUGAGAGAGAUUACAUUUCCCAAAUCAAAUAAGCCCAUCAUAAGCCUGACAUUCUCCUGUGAUGGCCACCAUUUGUACACUGCCAACAGUGAGGGGACAGUGAUCGCAUGGUGCCGGAAGGACCAGCAGCGCGUGAAGCUGCCCAUGUUCUACUCUUUCCUCAGCAGCUAUGCAGCUGGAUGAAGAGAAGGAGCGUCCCCGCAGGACAUAAGUACCGCUCUGCGAGCCUGGCUCCACCAACUGCAGAAGCAGAUGACUAAGCAGAUAUCCAGGAAUGACAUACACGUGCCUCUGUGCACGUUUCCCCAGCCUCCGUGGGCCUGAGAGUAAAGCCCUGCCCUCAUUCCAUAAUGGUGUGGAAGGCUGGGUCUGCACACACUAGCCAAUUAAAGUCAGAAUCUUGAUGCUUUUUCCCAAAAAAUUAUGCUGAAUCAAAGAUCAGGAUCUCUGUUCUCCUCCUUUUUCAAAAAGAAAGAGCAGAACUUAAAUUGGCUAAUUAUCUAAAAUAGUAAGCAUUAUAUUUUAAAAGUGUACCCCUACACUCAGCACACCCAAUAAAAGGAAACAGAAACCAGGGCUUUUCAGGACUCAGAACGCAGGUUCUUAGUGGGUGCCUCUGCGCCCAAUAUAUCCGGGAUCUCUGAGCAGAACGUGAGCUCUGCUGCUGCUGCUGCGUCUCUCUCGGCCAGCUUGGCUGCUGUCCUCUCUGCCCAAAGGAGAGCCAGGGGCACGAGCUUCAGGGACUGUUGCUUCCUUCGCAUCCUAGCUCCUCAUAGGCUUCUACUUAAAGUCCGUAACACUAGGUAUCAGCGCCCUUGGUGCAGUGACUGGUUACCUAGUUACUGAUGGUGUAUAUAGCGGUAAGUCUGUUAGCACCUGCCGUGACAGUCCGUCUGACAGGGCACUGAACACGCCUGCACGGGGAAGCUACACACACACAGCACCUACAGUGUUAGCAGUGUGAUGGAGGCACAGCAGCUAGGAAAGUGUGAAGGAAGGAAAGCGAGUGUGCAGACAGAAGGCAGAGUAAGUUAUCAGUUGGUUUUACGUGUUCCUACUAAGCUACGCUCUGAGAAUCCUGGGGCAGGCACUGUGGCACGUGACAGCAGCCCUGCUCUGGAACUCUGGGAUUACUGGGCUCUUACUCAAGGUGCUGCUUUAAUGGCUUUGAAAACUAUUGUGUAGGCUCAGAACUAUAUCAGCGUGGGAGAGAAGCAUGUGUUGCUGCCUAUAAUUGGCUUGUGCAUUUGUUAUGGAAAUCUAAUUCAUAUUAUGUUUACAGAACUACUUUUGUAACUUCCAGACUUUGUAAAACAUUCUGCUUAUAUCCACAAGAAGCAAUUCCAGAGUCUCUGCUGUGGAGACAGGCACAGGGAGAGCAGGGCCUCAUGGGACCUUUAGGUCCCAUUGACAUGGGCCACCUGUUACUCCUAAAGUCCACUUCAGAACAGAGAUAACAUUACUCCUACUCACGUUGAAGUGAUUGAUUUGUUUUUAAAAAUUCAGCUAAUGUCUAGCUCUCAUUUUUUUUUUUUACUGAGAACCUCAAGUUAGUCUCCUAUUAGAAUAGGAAUGCUAUGCAGUCUUGGCUUUUUUAAGGGCCAAGUUUCAUCAUUUAUCUAAAGAGGAAAAUAUGCAAAAUAUCUGGUCUUGUUAAGCGUGCAAUAUUCUAUUUUUAUGUAAAAAUUAAAAAAUUCAUGGGGGGGAUUAUUUAUUGAGCAUGAGACCUAAUAUGUAUAUGUUGGAAACGCUUUGUAACAUGCAUGUUAUAGAACACAUUCCUGGAAGUCAUCACAUGCUGUUACCUUUUACACACUGCCACUUCAGUUUGGAAAUAAACUUGCUAAAAAUAGACUUAAACCUGUAUAAAUGAC